UUAAGGCCCAGACGGCUAUCGGUUCAGAAUUAAUUCAAACUUAAAGUCAGUCUCAAGUCACCAGUCAGAGCGGAGUGGCUGACACUCUAUUAAUAACGUUCCAAGUAGCAAGUAGUGAAUUCAGGAUAAUAAGAUUUUUUUUUUGGUGAAAACAAAAAAAUAAACAGUGAGAGAAGCAAAGUUGAUUUGAAAAAAAAAAAAAAAAAAAUAUUAGAAGAAAUUCAAAAAGUGAAGCAGUAUAAUUUCUACUAUCCCUAAGAAAAACAUUCAACAACUCCUGCAAUCAUGACAUCAUUUAUUAGAAUAUUCAACGACAGAAUUGCCGAUCUUUCAAAUGGAGUUGAUAAAACAAUCGAUAACUGGCUAUUGAUGAGCUCACCCCUGCCACUACUUACCCUACUUGGAGCGUAUUUGACGUUUGUGCUAAAAGUUGGACCCGCAUUUAUGGCCAAUAGAAAACCAUAUAAUCUACAGAAAGCUAUGGUAGUUUAUAAUGCGUUUCAAGUUGUAUUCUCAACCUGGCUAUGUUACACAUCACUACAAGAAAGCAGUAUUGUUUCACAUUUGAUGGAAAAGAAAUGCGAAGUUCAUCGAGAUAGAAAACAAACUUUACUUUUAUAUUCUGGUGCAUGGUUUUAUUUCUUUUCGAAAAUUGUCGAUUUCUUGGAUACGAUAUUCUUUGUUUUGCGCAAGAAACAAAAUCAAGUUACAUUCCUGCAUGUUUAUCAUCAUACAACAACGGCCCUGUUCUCAUGGGGAUAUCUGAAAUACGCACCUGGUGAACAAGGAGUCAUCAUUGGAAUUGUGAAUUCAUUUGUUCACAUUAUAAUGUACUUCUAUUACAUGGUAUCAGCAAUGGGACCUAAAUACCAGAAAUUCCUUUGGUGGAAAAAAUACAUGACAUCAAUUCAAUUGGUUCAAUUUGUCCUAAUUCUAACCUACAUGAUUAUUGUCGGAGCCAAGGAUUGCAAAAUGCCAAAAUCUUUAACAUUCUUCUUUGUUGUCAACGCUCUGAUCUUUUUGUUCCUUUUCGGUAAUUUCUACAGGAAAACUUACAACAAAAAUAGAAAAGCUGAUGCCACAAAUUCUGCCAACAUUUCUGCAAAACCAAAGAAGCAUUCGUUGCUCGCUGAAGGCGAUCAAAUGAAACGACUUAUCGAUGUGAAUAAUAAUAGUACAGCAGCUGUAAAAGCGCUUAAGGGCGAAUAGAAAUUUAUUAUUAUUAUUAUUAUUUUUGUAUGUAGAUUUUUUGUUAGAUUUAUUAUUUUAUUUUUAUUAUUAUUAUUAUUGUUCACUGCUUAUGAAUAAAUUAGUUAAAUUAAAAUUAAGUUAUAUAAAAAAUAGGGUAAAUGAUGGUUGGUUAAUUUUAUUAUUAUUAUUUUUUUAUUUUGUAAAGGGAAAUAAGAACUGAGUGAAUGAGAAUAUUUUUUUAAAGUAAAACAAAAAGUAAUAGAAUAUCUUUAAAAUGCGGCAUAUGUACAGCACAAAAUUUUAUGGUACUAAAGCUACCAAAAAACAAACGAUGGAGAUAAAAUCUGAUUUUUGUUUAACUCUCCAUGAGAGUGUAUAGAAUAGAUACAAAAUAAAAAUUACAGAAAG